AUGGCAGACCCAUCGGAGUCAACGACACAUGGUCUUUAUUUGUCUGGGCCUUUCCUCAUUGAAGCCAAAGAGUAUAGAACCUAUACUACUUUCAUUGGUUGUAGUGGUGGUGCUCAAGAAGAACGAUUGCGGUACAAAGUUGUCGCCCGCGGUUUCAGUCAAGCUGAUUUUAUGCUGGAAGCCGGACACAUCUACUUUUUGAGAGGCAGCUUCUUUCCAACUACCGAAGAAGCAAAGGACAACAUAAUCUUCUUUGAAGCUUCCGACCGUGUCCUUCUUAACUCUGCUAAUGCUUUUGUUGGCGAUUUAGUUGAUGCAAUUGGUGUCACUGGAGUUGGAAUUGUGUGUAACAUCACCAGCAUUGUUGAACCGGCCCGUGGUGGUUUGUUGAAGAACCCAAAGGAUGAAAACAAACCAACCACUAUUGUCACCGUCCUGCAUUCCGACUUUCAUCCCACUACUAAAGUAGCCGCUCAGUUUACAGUAGAGUAUCGAAUUCCACCAACUCCAAACUUGGCAGGUACGCCUAAGAUCCUCAAAGUCGGUAGAGAGUUUCAAUUUCACGGUUUCAUUAAAGAUUACGACCCACAAAAUUUGCGUUACGUGGUGAUUGCAAGCAAAGUCUCUCCUACCAAUGGCAACAAAGAAUACGAAGUCUGUGGUAAUGGUGUUAAAGUGAAAAAGGAAGAUGUAAAACCAUUCGACUUAAUCAAUAAGCCUGUGAAGUUUAACAAAAAGAACUUUAAGUCAGCCGCCAAGUCCCCUAUCAAAUCGACUGCCUUGGAAUCAUCCUCCACUCUAGCUUUUCCACCUUCUGAUUUCGGGCCCGAGUCGUACCGCUCCGCUUCUUCCAGCUUAGCUGGCCCAUCUGGGUCCAGUGUAUCUCCUGAAAAAGACACUGCAACUGAAAUAACCAUUGCAGCCCCCAAGAAGAGAGCUCGGACUCAACCAAAACGUAUCACUAAAAAAGAUAAAACCUUGGACUUAACUCUCUCCAAACAAAAUUAA